AUAAAACCGGAGAUAUGACUGUAUGAGGCAUGAGCAUUAAGCCUUUUAUCGUAAAUCGUAAUUUCGCCGAAAAUCUCGUGUGUGAAAAAUCUUUUUUUAAUUAUUAGUGUUCACUGAAAAAUAUUGUACAAUGAAUCAAGCAGAAAUCUCGCAGUUAGUAUCAAAACUAAGAAUUCGCAUAAAUCCACGCCAUAAGAACCUUAAAAAUCCCGAAGGACCACAAGGCCGAUUAAAAAAAUUACGUAAAACCUUAACUGCUCUGUUUAAAUAUGAACGUUUAGAAUUGAAUUAUACAUUAGCAGACGAAACAAGAGGAUACGCAGAAAGAGUAAGCAAUUAUUAUAAAUAUAGAUAUUUGUUGGACCUGACAUAUAACACUGUUAUUAAAAUUGCUUUAACUUUUAAUUUUCAAAUAGUUAAUUUCCGAAGCUAUUAGACAUGGAGAUACACACAAAGCUACGAUGGAAAUGGCUGAUUAUUGGAUAGAAGAAAAGCAAUUGAUACACAAAUUGUUCAAAGUGUUGGCACCACGGUUUAGUGAUUACAAGACAUCAUAUACAAUGUUAUAUCGAGCACCAAAAGCAUACCCAGAUAUAGUAUAUCCACGAUCUAUAAUAGAACUUAGAGGUUUGUUUACUUGAUAAGUAUAAUACCAUCAUAAAAAUAAGGAUUGAACUGUAAUACAAAAUUUAAUUUCUAGGCAAUCCGUUUCCACCAAUACUGUCUCAGAAAUUAGAUCAAAGAAAUUUUAUACAUAACGUUCUAUUGGAAGAAGCAAAGAAAGCAUAUAGGGCUGAAAAAUAUGAACAAAUAACUAAGUCUCUUGGAGAACAGCCAAAAGUUGAAGUGUCAGAUAAAUAAAUGAAUAAUUAUUUAAUGUAAACAUAUUUCUAAGUAGUUAAAUAUUAUAUAGUACUACAUAUUUUAAUCUUUCUUUGUGUUAUUUAAUUCAGUUUGUUAGGGUUACAUUAGAUCUUAAAAAUAUAUGGUCCGCUGUUAUAUUAAAAAAUGUAAUACUUUUAUAAGCUGAAAGUAUUUUGCACCUUUAGUAGGCCACUUAAGUGGAAAUUUAAAAAUGAAGGAUAAUUUAAUUUAUAUACUUAAACCAAUGACGUAAUUAACAAUAAUCUUGAGCAGAGUAAUAAUAUUAGUGGCCUUUUCCUGAUCAAAGAAACUUAAAAAACAACAAAGAUUAAAUUGACCAACAUUUGUUGUCAGUUUUAUAUAUUUUAUAGAGUAACUGUUUGGAAUCUAGAAAUCUUGUUUCAAAUAAAGUACACAAUCACAUAACGUGUUUGUUAUGUCUCAAUCACCC